AUGGCGGCUACUCCUGCAACGGAACCCUCUGCAAAUACGGCGAAGUCCCACGAAUACAUCCUUUAUAAGUCUUUGAGCUUCAUUGGGUGGGAUGAUGUUGACGGAGAGGCUUUCUUCUUCGACGAUCGCUACGUCACUCGGACAUCCAUCGGGCUCCAUGGUGAAAGCCCCUUAAUGGACUUUACAAUCAAGGUCAACAGAAAUACGUCUCUGAUGGUCAUACCGCCCGAGACAAUCAAAUCAAGCCGCAUAGUCAACGUCCACUCUCACCAGAUUCCUCUCAUCCGUCAAGGCAAGUCAUGGUGCGCCCUUGUCUUGCGGCUCAAGAAGCCCAUUCACUGGAUCAUGAGUGGAGAGAGCUUUACCCAGAGCACCGGAAUGGGAGUAUUCGAGGUGCUCCACGAGACUCCCCAGCUUUACAAGCUGGCUUCCCAGACCAAGUUUACAGUGUACUUUCCAUAUGCCGUCAAGGGCAAGCUGUUACAGGCCUUUUCUUCAGCUCCCUAUCCGCAACUAAGGGACCAUCUGAUCGCAGCCCCCGGCAAAAAACUAUGGGGUAUCCAUACACUUAUUCUGUCGAGUGGCCGGGGGCGGUUCAAUGAUAACGGCGUGGAACCGCUUCCAUCCUACACACCCCCCUCCCGGUCCGAGGCUAUCCAAGCUAGUCCCCCCCAAGCCUCGAGGAAGCGACGACGCCAAGCCACGGACGAACCCGAUGAGGAUGACGAAAAUGAUGGAGAACAUCUUUGUAGAGGUGUGCCUAGCUCUGACACCAAAAGUGCGUCUGAGUUUGAACUUGCAGGUUUUGGACAGAUGGUAGAUACCAUCGCUAAACGGGUCAAAGAUCAGAUUGCCCAGGAGGUUGAGCGUCUGGCCGACAACUGUCUCGAUAAUGCCAUUAAGCAGAAGCUUUCUCAAUUUCACCAACAGAAGACUGAUGUAAAGGCAGAAAUGGAUAAGUCAAUAUGGCUUUUCGGGCGAACAACGGAGCAUGCUGAUAAAGUGAAGUCGGAAAUGGGGGCCGCCAUGUAUGACUUCGAGAAGGAGAUGGGGACCAUGAUGCAGGGGUUUGAGGAGGAACAGCGGGCUUGUAUUGAUGCCUUGGAGACCAAGCUCGAGGCACACCAGACUGAAAAGCUAAAGGAAAUGCUGGGGCGGGCUUUGCAGACAGUUCUUGAUGGAGACAAGUGCACUGUCGUUUUCACAUUUCCCGACGAGACAGGCCCAUCUAGAGAAGCUGCUACUUAG